AUGUCUCACUCUUCAAAGCAUCUGCGCCUCACGUUUGAGCCAGGCUUUCAGACCCUACAUAACAUACAAGGCCUGCUGAUGGCACAGGUUCCCACAGCUGAGGAGGAGGAGGAGACUGCCUCUGUUUCCUCUUGCUCUUUCACUUUCUCCUACCCCUCAACUUCCCCCGCUUCCUCUCCUCUGCUACUGGGCACCCCAGAGGAGGAGCAGGGGGAGGAGCAGGGCACAUCAGGUGGAAGCUCCAGCAUCCAAGAGGAAGAGGGCACAUGCUCUCCCCGGGCCUUAGUAGGCACCACAUCCUCUCUCAGAGAGCUGCUGGAUGAAAAGGUGGCUGAUUUGUUGCGUUUCAUGGUCCUCAAAUAUCGACUGAAGGAGCCCUUCACAAAGGCAGAAAUGCUGAAAGUUGUCAUAAAAAACCAAUUCCCUGUGAUCUUCAGGAAGGCUUCUAAGUACCUAGAGGUGAUCUCUGGCCUUGAUGUGAAGGAAGUGGACCCCAAAAUCCACUCCUAUGUCCUUGUCAGCUCAUUAGACCUCACCCAUGAUGAUAUGCAUAGUGAUGACCAGAGCAUGCCUAAAAAUGGCCUCCUGGUCAUCAUUCUGGGUGUGAUUUUCAUAGAGGGCAACUGCGCCCCUGAGGAAAACAUCUGGGAUUUCUUGAAUAUGAUAGGCGUGUAUGCUGGGAGGAAGCACUUCAUUUAUGGGGAGCCCAGGAAGCUCAUCACUAGAGAUUGGGUGCAGGAGAAUUACCUGGAGUACCGGCAGGUGCCUAACAGUCAUCCUCCACGGUACGAAUUCCUGUGGGGUCCAAGGGCCUACGCUGAAACCAGCAAGCUGAAAGUUCUGGAAUUUUUGGCCAAGAUCAAAGGAACUGACCCCAUUUCCUUCUCGUAUUGGUAUGAGGAGGCUUUAAGAGAUGACAAAGAGAGUCGGGACCACAGUUGGCCCCUUGGACAGUAG